AUGGCGUCUGCCGUUUCGACAACCUUGAACCAACUUCGUGACAAUACUCCUAUUAUCCCUGAGCCGACGGCAAAGGCCAGAAAGCCAGGGCAUGAUCAAUGGCCUUCCUUACUGCAGACAGCCAUUGUAGCUGGUGCUUUGAAGAUUUUACUAUUCCCGGCCUAUCGGUCAACAGACUUUGAAGUUCAUCGAAAUUGGCUGGCCAUCACUCAUUCAUUGCCUGUGAGAAAAUGGUACUACGAGGCUACAUCAGAGUGGACAUUGGACUAUCCCCCGGCAUUUGCGCUGUUUGAAUGGCUUCUGUCCCAGCCUGCUGCCCUGAUCGACGCCGGGAUGGUCCAAGUUCAAAACCUUAAUUAUGAUUCCUGGGCCACCAUAUACUUCCAGCGAAGCUCCGUCAUCAUCACAGAACUGCUGCUCGUCUACGCUUUGCACAAGUAUAUGGAGUCCUCACCUGCCGCAACACGCCGUCAAAGUCAUGCUGUGGCCCUUUCGAUCCUGCUCUCUCCGGGGUUCUUGAUCAUCGACCACAUCCACUUCCAAUACAAUGGCUUUCUCUACGGUAUCUUAAUUCUGUCCGUCGUCUUUGCAAGGAAAGAGUCGACGUUGCUUUUGAGCGGGGUCCUGUUCGCCUUGCUUUUAUGCUUCAAGCACAUUUACCUUUACCUGGCGCCCGCCUAUUUUGUCUACCUCCUCCGGAGCUAUUGUUUGAACCCGAAGAACAUGUUCCAGCCCCAGUUUGCAAACACCCUCAAACUCGGGACAAGCAUUAUUGGCAUUUUUGGAGCAGCAUUCGGGCCAUUCGCGGCCUGGGGUCAGCUCGACCAACUUAGGGGCCGGCUGUUUCCAUUUGCGCGAGGACUUUGUCACGCGUAUUGGGCACCCAACGCCUGGGCAAUUUACUCGUUCGUGGAUCGGGUGCUGAUACUUGGUGCGCCUUACCUUGGCCUAAGGGUUGACCAAAAUGCUGUGAACAGUGUUACCCGGGGCUUAGUCGGAGACACUUCCUUCGCCGUCUUACCAGACAUCACGGCUCGACAGUGUUUCGGACUUACAUUGGCCUUCCAGACCAUCGCGUUGACCAAAUUGUGGUUUGCGCCCAGCUGGGAUACCUUCGUCGGAGCUCUCACCCUCUGUGGGUACGCGUCCUUCUUAUUUGGCUGGCACGUCCAUGAGAAGGCGAUUCUACUGGUCAUCAUUCCUUUCAGUCUGCUGGCCAUCAAAGACCGAUCAUACCUCGCGAGCUUCCGGCCUUUGGCAGUAGCGGGGCAUGUGUCUCUAUUUCCGCUUCUCUUCACCGCAGCGGAGUUCCCGGUUAAGGUGGCAUAUACAAUAGCUUGGCUGAUGAUUUUCCUCUACGCCUUUGGCCAGUUAGCACCAGCUCCCACGCGGAGACGAGUUUUCUUGUUGGACCGGUUUGCCCUGCUUUAUAUUGCUGUAUCGGUCCCCUUGAUGGCAUACUGUUCAUUGCUGCAUCGAGUGGUUUUUGGGGAGAGAUAUGAAUUCAUGCCCUUGAUGUUCAUUAGCACAUACUCGGCAAUUGGAGUGCUAGGCUCGUGGCUUGGGUUCAUGGUCUGCUAUUUGUCUUGA